AAGACACUUUUCUUAGAAAAUCCUGAAAUGAGAUUUGAAUAGUAGAAAGCAGUCAGCUGAGCUAUAAACAUGAAAUCCACCGGUAGAAUUCUCAGUACACUUAUCAAACAAACACAAGGUUUCAAUGUUGAUGUUGGAUCAAGGUUUUCCAGAUAUCUAUCCUCAUCUUUUCCAGUUCCCACACUCAGAAAGAACUCUGAGAAAAAGGAAAUUCUUCCUUUUUCAGCAUUUUUGACGGAUACGUUCGGGAGAGAACAUGAUUACCUUAGAAUAUCAUUAACAGAGAAGUGUAAUCUACGAUGUAGUUACUGUAUGCCCGAAGAAGGAGUGAAGCUUACACCGAAACAAAAUAUUCUAACUUCAGAAGAAAUUAUUCAUCUGGCAAAAAUAUUCGUCGGAGAAGGUGUUAAAAAGAUAAGAUUGACUGGGGGUGAACCCUUGGUACGACCUGAUAUAGUUGAAAUAAUCAGGGAGCUGCGAAGCAUACCUGGAUUGCAAACCAUUGCAAUGACAACUAACGGAGUUACUCUAAGUAAACGCCUGGUAGAGUUGAAGAGUGCUGGGUUGGAUGCCCUCAAUAUAUCCCUGGAUACUCUUAUCCCAGACAAAUUCCAGUUCGUCAGCAGACGACCUAAAGCUGCCCACGCCAAGGUUCUCUCUGCUAUAGAGAAAUCCCUCGAACUAGGAUACAAACCACUUAAAAUAAACUGUGUAAUGAUGAAAGGUUUAAACGACGACGAAAUUCUUGAUUUUAUCGAGCUGACUAGGAAUAAACCCAUCGAUGUCAGGUUUAUUGAGUACAUGCCGUUCGAUGGGAACAAGUGGAAUGAUAAAAAGAUGCUUCCUUAUCAAGCCAUGCUUAAGAUUAUCAAGGAUAAAUAUCCAGAAUUCAGACGGAUAGAUGAUGCCCCUAAUGACACCUCUAAGGGGUAUCAAGUUCAAGGAUUUCAGGGUCAAAUUGGGUUCAUAACUUCGAUGUCUGAAAACUUCUGCGGAUCUUGUAAUCGUCUUCGGUUAACAGCUGAUGGAAACCUGAAGGUUUGCUUGUUUGGAAAUGCUGAAGUGUCUCUGAGAGAUGCUCUGAGAAGCGGUAUGAAGGAAGAGGAGUUAAAAGAGCUAAUUGGAAUGGCUGUGAAUAGGAAGAAAGCAAGACAUGCAGGGAUGACCAACCUAAAGGGGAUGAAAAAUCGGCCGAUGAUAUUGAUCGGUGGAUGACUAGCAUCGAAUGGAUGGGAUAAACCAUCAUUCCCAUCCGACUCCUCUGAUAACUUGUCAUUCACAUCCAGAUUUUCAUCCGUUCACAACUCCCAUUGUUGGGUUUUUACAAAACUAUCUAAUAUUUGUGAUUUAUUAUUAACUGGAAAUAGUCUCUUAUUCCUUACUCCAGAUACAAGCAGUUCCUCCUUCCUUCCUCCAGAUACAAGCAGUCCCUCUUUUCUUCCUCCAGAUACAAGCAAACCCUCCUUCCUUACUCCAGAUACAAGCAGACCCUCCUUCCUUUCUCCGGAUACAAGCAGUCCCUCCUUCUUUCCUCCAGAUACAAGCAAACCCUCCUUCCUUUCUCCAGAUACAAGCAGUCCCUCCUUCCUUACUCCAGAUACAAGCAGUCCAUCCUUCUUUCCUUCAGAUACAAGCAGACCCUCCUUCCUUACUCCAGAUACAAGCAGUCCCUCCUUCCUUCCUCCAGAUACAAGCAGUACCUCUUUCCUUCCUCCAGAUACAAGCAGACCCUCCUUCCUUACUCCAGAUACAAGCAGUCCAUCCUUCUUUCCUUCAGAUACAAGCAGACCCUCCUUCCUUUCUCCAGAUACAAGCAGUCCCUCCUUCCUUCCUCCAGAUACAAGCAGUCCCUCUUUCCUUCCUCCAGAUACAAGCAGACCCUCCUUCCUUACUCCAGAUACAAGCAGACCCUCCUUCCUUUCUCCAGAUACAAGCAGUCCCACCUUCCUUACUCUAGAUACAAGCAGUCCCUCCUUCCUUUCUCCAGAUACAAGCAGACCCUCCUUCCUUCCUCCAGAUACAAGCAGUCCCACCUUACUUACUCUAGAUACAAGCAGACCCUCCUUCCUUUCUCCAGAUACAAGCAGUCCCACCUUCCUUUCUCCAGAUACAAGCAGACCCUCCUUCCUUCCUCCAGAUACAAGGAGUUCAUCCUGCUUAAGUCUAGAUACAAGAACUAACAGCCGAUAUCACACCAAAACAAUCCAACAGUAUAAACUUGAUUCAACAUUGAUAAAUUCUGUUUCUCAUUGGCUGCCCAAUAAUACAAUUCAUCGGAAGCCUUCAAAUUCGCUUCUUUUGAGAUUUUUCUGCACAGACUCGGCGAACCAAAGUGAAAUUGCUUCGAGUAAGAUUUGUGAAGAAACUAAAACUGUUGAUGUAGGGGACUCCCUUACCCACGUAGAUUCUAAGGGCAAGGCCAAUAUGGUGGACGUGGAGGGAAAAAUGGCGACCAACAGAUCAGCUGUUGCCGUAGGAACAAUUUGUUUAGGUAAAAAGACGUUUGACCUUGUUGCCAACAAUAGAAUGUCCAAGGGUGAUGUUUUAACUGUAGCAGAAGUCGCUGGUAUAAUGGCAGCAAAGAACACAUCCAACCUUAUUCCUCUCUGCCAUCCUCUCCUUAUUAACAAAAUAGAUAUCAAGAUAACGCUUGAUGAAUUAAGAAGCUCUGCUGUAGUGGAAUGUACGGUUAAUUGUUCAGGAAAAACAGGAGUGGAAAUGGAGGCACUUACCGGGGUUUCAGUCACCUUGCUCACAUUAUAUGAUAUGUGUAAAGCUGUUUCAAAGGACAUGGAGAUCAAGAACAUCAAGCUGAUUAGUAAAUCUGGGGGGAAAACUGACUAUUGCGCAACAAAUUAACAAUAUUUAACAAAUCUUUUUAGGAACCGAGUUUUUGCUAAAAACCCUGAUUGGUUAACCCCCAUAUCUUUGCAACCCGAUGAGAUAGACCUUUAGUAUUUCAACCAUCUAUGUUUAAAAAUUAAAGGUUUACACCAUUAGGUUACAAUGAUAUACGAAGGAAUAAGAACAUUUUAGUUUUUUAUAAACUAAGUAACUAAAACUUACCCUUUUUUAGAGUUUUGAAACAUUUACUUUUCUUAAAAAUGUAACUUUAUGAUUAUGUAUUUUUUUAGAUAAAUCAGAAUGUAUGUACAUUGUAUGUACAAUAUGUUUUCUAUUAUGUAUAUUUCAUAUUGAAUGUUUUCAAAUAUUUGUCACUUUUAUAAUCAAACAUAUUUUCUAAUAAAUAUUUUAAGUUU